ACAUUUUAAAAGUUUAAACUCACUCAAGACUGCAAAAAACAAAUACGGUCAGGAGCUUCGAUGCUCCCAUUCAACCACAAGUGCCGGCCACUAGCCGGCGUCAAAAGCAGCGGCCAGUGGCCACCUUUUAUUGCGGCGUUGGAUGCUUCUCUCCGCCGGGUCGAGGGUUCCCUCCGCCCUCCAUUCUAUAAAUACCCGUCGCAUAUCGAUCAACCAUUCAUUCAAUCUCAGCAACCGAAAGAGGGAGAUUACGAGAGACAAUCAGCGACAGAGAGAGAUCAAAAUGGGUUACACAAAGGUGCAGGGACAAGAUGCGGAAGAGGAGAAGAGCAUUGUUCCUCUUCUUAGUCCAUACAAGAUGGGGAAAUUCAAUCUUUCUCAUAGAAUUGUUUUGGCUCCAUUAACCAGACAGAGAUCCUUCAACAAUGUGCCUCAGCCGCAUGCCAUCUUAUAUUACUCUCAGAGAACCACCAAAGGAGGUCUUCUCAUAGCUGAAGCCACUGGAAUUUCUGAUACUGCUCAAGGUUAUCCAGAUACCCCUGGUAUAUGGACAAAGGAGCAAGUUGAAGCGUGGAAACCCAUUGUAGAUGCUGUUCAUGCCAAAGGUGGUAUUUUCUUUUGUCAGAUUUGGCACACGGGAAGGGUUUCAAAUGAAGGUUUUCAGCCAAAUGGGCAAGCUCCAAUCUCUAGCACGGACAAGCCAUUGACGCCUCAACUUAGUGCUAAUGCUCUUGAUGUUGAACAAUUCUCACCUCCACGGCGGCUAAAGACGGAGGAAAUCCUUCAAAUUGUCAAUGAUUUUAGGCUUGCUGCAAGGAACGCUAUGGAAGCUGGUUUUGAUGGAGUGGAGAUUCAUGGAGCUCAUGGCUACCUAAUUGACCAGUUUCUUAAAGACCAAGUCAAUGACCGAACUGACCAAUAUGGCGGAUCUUUGGAAAAUCGUUGCCGAUUUGCUCUAGAAGUAGUCGAAGCAGUUGUUAAUGAGGUAGGACCAGAUAGAGUUGGGAUAAGGCUCUCUCCCUUUGCAGACUAUAUGGAAUCAGGAGACUCAAAUCCUAGAGCUCUAGGCCUUCAUAUGGUUGAAUCCUUGAACAAAUAUGGAAUUCUGUACUGCCACAUGGUUGAGCCCAGGAUGAAAACACUAGGAGAAAAAAGUGAAAACCCUGAAAGCCUUCUACCCAUGAGAGAGGCUUUCAAGGGUACUUUCAUUUCGGCGGGUGGCUAUGGCAGGGAAGAUGGGAACAAUGCAGUGGCUACGAACCGUACUGAUCUCGUCGCUUUUGGGCGUCUGUUCUUGGCAAACCCAGAUUUGCCUAGGAGAUUUCAGCUCAAUGCUCGUCUCAACAAGUACAAUAGGGACACUUUCUACACGCCGGAACCUGUGAUUGGUUACACUGAUUAUCCAUUUCUUGAAACUUCUGCUUAAAGGAGAGGAAAAUAAUAAAUAAAAAAGAAAUAAGUAAAUAAAAGUUCUGGCAUAUGAGCUUUAGCACAUGCUAUGAGUGGUGCCAUGAGUCGCUAAUCCUAUGUUAUUGAUAGUGAAGGUAGAGUUGCAUACGGGAUGUUGGAUGGGAAUGGAGCGAGUGGAACCAGAUGGAAAAUGGGCUCACAUGUGGCUGUUAAUUGGGAAAUACAUAUGACCAUAUAAUUAUCGAAAUUUUUGAAUCUGUUGAAUUCCUCGACUUCCUCAUCAUUUUUAUCUGUAGGCCAACUCCAAUAUCCAUCUUGAAAUUUUUCAAGAGGUCAUUAUAUUGUACUUUGAUUGUUAAAUGAAAGAUAUCUUAGAAAUAAACAAA